AUGAGGUCUUUGUUGAACACAAAUAUGACUGAAGGUACCCUAAUGAGGGAGCCUUGUUUGUCUAUGAUAGCAAUGCUCAACACUUUAGAAGUUCUGGGUGUUGAGAUUUAUUGUGAAUCUCAAGUGAAAAUAAUCCUCCAAACCUUUCCAAGCUCCUUCAAUCAGUUAAGGUUGAAUGUGACCAUGAACAAAAAGGACUUCACACUGGCAGAACUGAUAAAUGAGUCCAUCAUAGCGAAAAGCAUCUUGAAGACUAAGGUUUCAGCCAACAUUGCUCAUGCUUCUACUUUUAAGCCGAAAGGCAAUAAGAAGAAGAAACAGAUUAAACAAGUUGGCAAAGUUGUUGCUAAGAAGUUUAAGGAAGUUGAAAAAUGA